AUGAGCGUUCCGAUUGUGUGGCCAGUCGUCGUUUUCAACUACCUUUCAUCCGUCAACACCAAUCCAAUCACGAAAUUUGGAAUGGGUGGCGCGGUGACUGCUUGGCGCCCGACCGUCGCUGUGCUUGCUGCAGCAUGUCUCUGCCUGACAUUGCCAGGAGUGACAUGUGCAACAGCGUCGGAUCCAGCGGGAUCUGCAACGCAUGCAGAGAUUGACUUGUUUGACAGCAGCGAGCUCCACCGCUUUGCCAUCCAGACGUCGCCGCGCGAGUGGACUGCCCGACAAGACGAGGCCAGAACGCACUGCGAGCAGCGAGCGCGCAUCCCAAACAGUCUCGACUGGCGAACAUCGCCGUUUUACAAGGCAUGUGUGAAUGUUCGCAAGGGCGAUCCGUGUCAGGCACAGUAUGGCCACCGCGUGUUUUCGGGUAUUUGCAUCGACGGGUACUUUCCAGAGGUCAACCUUUGCACCACAUUUGAGGCUGUCGUGGCGCCGCAAGCAUGCACGCGCAAGGCUCCCAAUGAUGCGUGCCAGAUUGACUUUUCAGAUCACGGACGCGUGGUGGAUUUCCUCAACACGCUGACACGAACGUCGUUGCACGAAACCUUCUUUGGUGCCAAUCUCACCUUCGUGCCGAACGUUCGCAAGCCGACGGUGGUCGAGUCGCGUCUCAACUCGCCAUGCGUCUGGAUGGUCGUGCCUCGCUGUGCAACAUUCUACUCACCAAUUUGGGUCAAGUUCCGCUUGUGCUGGACUUUGAACAUGCCAGCUCCUCCAAAAUUCCCUUGGCAAGCUCACAGCACGACUUGGAGCUUCUCGUCCAAUCUCCUCUGUCAAAGUCGUUCUUCGGCCAAUGGCGCGUUCACCUGCGAGGUGGGUACUGGGAUGCGAGUCGCAUCCGAGGAAAGUGUGAUUGAAGAAGUGCUGGGAGCACCAGUACGACAAGCGGUCAACUGGCCGGCUCCGCCCGGCUCCACGGCAGCAACGACCUUCAAUGGCGCUCGAGUGCUGUUUGCCGAUGCAGACGAUUGCCCUGCCCAACAAACUCUCGAGGCUGAGCUUCAGUCUCUCCUUUCGCCGACGGGCUCGCUUCAGGUUCCCAGCGUGCAAGCUGGAUUGUACGAGCCGCUGCUCACGCUCGAGAGCGUUCAAGUGCACUCGUUCCAACCAAUUUUCCGCAAUGCCUCUUCGAUCGACUGGAGGAAAGACGCACUUGAUUUCCUCCACGCAUUGCACAGCGAAACUCGCCAAACAGAUCCAGCCGCUUGGCGUGCAGGCAUGGAGGCAGUCUUCCAAGUUGACUCGUUCCUCCGCUGGUUGGCAGUGAACACGGUGUUUGAGAAUUACGACGCAUACGGAGCCUUUGCCCACAACUACAGACUGUACCGGUCCCCUUGCUCUGGCAAAAUUCACUUCCUUCCCUUUGACUUUGACUGGGCCAUGCAACCGCGGAUUGCACCAAUCCCACUGGACAUGAGCUCUCUGGGCGAUAAUUGGCCGCUGAUUCGAUACUUGAUGGACGAUCCCGUGUACAAGCUGUACUACAUGCAAUUUUUGGGUCUGUUCCUGGAAGAGUACUUUUCGCCAGAGUACAUGUCGGCACAAGCCGCGCGAUUAACUUCCCUGAUUUCAAGCUCUGUGCUGCGAGAAGACAUUGACAUUUCGGGGCUCGACGAGGCAGUCUUCCGAGAUGCGCUCAAGGCCAUUCGCAGCUAUGUCGUCGAGAGAAGUGCCAGUUCCAAGAGCCAAUUGUCACGUAUGAUUGCCGACGCAAAGCUCAGCAAGAAACAAAAAAAGGCACGAGCGAAGGCACGAGCGACCCAGCGCCAAGACUUGUAG